AUGGAGAAGAAAAUGAAGGGUUGGUCUGUAUUGGCUUUUGGGUUGGCGAUUUUGGUGUUCAACGCAAGCCCUUCAGAUGCUACAAUUACAUGCAACGAGGCCAUUACAUAUUUGUUUCCCUGCCAGCCGUUUUUGGUGGGAUUUGGCCCGAGCACACCAAGCAGUACUUGCUGUAUGGGUGCUGAGGAUGUGUUCGAACAGGCUAACACCACCAAAACACGCAGAGUUCUCUGUGAAUGUUUCAAACAGGCUGCAACAGAGAUUGGUACUUUGCCUGAGAGGGCCCAACUGCUUCCCCAAUUUUGCAAAAUCCAUGUUUCUGUGCCCAUUGACGCCAAUGUGAAUUGCAGCAAGUAA